GGGAACGCUACUACUACUAGCACUUGGGACUACCUAUUAUGCGACGCGAUAGAGAUACACCAACUCGCCAUACCAGCUGAAGAGUCAUCGGACAAGGAAACUAGUUAUGCGAUAUCUGAAUAGGAUUGAGCCAUGGAUUCGGAUGAGUUCGAUGAUGAUAUCGCCGACGAAGAUCUGAUCGCCGCCAGCCAGGUCCCGGCAUCAGCUUCAGGUCGUGACCAGGUUUCCAAGCUCAAUCAAGGUCGAUUCCAGCCCCACGUCAAUCCAGUGAGGCCAAAUUCAAUAAUACGAGGCACAAGUUCUAAUAAGCAAUCUUUCAUUGACCUCGAGGAUCUGCCACUAGACGCAUUCCAGAAUUCUAGAAAUGAGAGAAGCUUCUCAGCAGGUUUUCGACAACCGCCUCGUAUCGGUGGUCCAGCUCCUACUUACAAACAGACUACUCUGUUUGGCCAGACUAUCCGUCAAGAUCAAGAUCCCGGAUCUUCUCAGACUAAUAGGAACCGUGUCUUCCGUGCAGACUUGCCCCCUGAGCCGCCAUCUCACCAUGAACUUGACACGGAGGCUAUGCAGACUUGGGUUUACCCCACUAAUCUGGGUCCGACUCGAGACUACCAAUUCAGUAUCGUGAAGAAUGGGUUGUUUAACAAUACCCUCGUGGCUCUUCCGACUGGUCUAGGAAAGACUUUCAUCGCAGCCACCAUCAUGCUUAACUACUUCCGCUGGAUGAAAUCAGCAAAGAUCAUAUUUGUGGCCCCUACCAAGCCACUCGUAUCCCAACAAGUAGACGCCUGUUUCAACAUCGCUGGUAUUCCGAGGUCUCAGACAACUCUGCUCACAGGUGAAAUAUCGCCAGGCCUUCGAGCGGACGAGUGGGGGUCCAAAAGGGUCUUUUUCAUGACUCCCCAAACAUUAGAGAAUGACUUGUCUUCAGGAUUUGCUGAUCCUAAGUCAAUCGGGCUACUAGUAGUGGAUGAGGCUCAUAGAGCUACCGGGAAUUAUUCAUAUGUAAAAGUCGUCAGCUUCCUAAGACGUUUCACCAGCAGUUUCCGAAUAUUGGCUCUUACUGCGACUCCAGGAUCCAAAGUUGAAUCGGUUCAGGAGGUAAUCGACAGCCUUGGUAUCUCACAUGUAGAGAUCCGCACCGAGGAGUCCAUUGAUAUUCGCCAGUAUGUUCAUUCAAGAGACGAAGAUAUCGUUUUACUAGAUCCGUCGGACGAGAUGAAUCACAUCAAGGAGCUCUUCUCCAAAGCGUUGAAACCGCUCGUAGACAAGCUAAGCCAGCAAAAUAUCUACUACGGUCGUGAUCCAAUGGCUCUCACUGUAUACGGUCUUCUUCAGGCAAGGAAAGAUUGGAUGGGCCGAGCUGGGCAGCACGUUAACCAGGGAGUGAAAUUCAUGAUGAUGGCAAUAUUUUCCGUUCUCACCAGUCUAGCCCAUGGCAUCAAACUACUCAACUUCCACGGUAUUAAACCGUUCUACGACAGUCUUGUUCAGUUUCGGGAAGAGACCGAGAAUAAAGGUGAAAAGGGUUCCAAAUUCAAGAAGCAAAUCAUCGAAUCUCCCAGUUUCCAGGAAAUGAUGGAUAAAAUCGACAGUUGGUCGAAGAAAGAUGACUUCAUUAGCCACCCAAAGCUCACAUAUUUAUCCGAUACUGUUUUGAACCAUUUCAUGGAUGCUGGCGAAGGCCGAGAAGGAGCUUCUACUAACACUAGAAUCAUCGUUUUCAGCGAAUACCGAGACAGCGCCGAAGAAAUCGUACGAAUUCUCAACAAGCACAAGCCGCUUAUCCGUGCCGCGGUAUUUGUUGGACAGGCAGACUCAAAAAGAUCAGGGGGUAUGAAGCAAGCAGAGCAAAUAGAGCGCAUACAGAAGUUUAAGGGCGGUGAAUUCAACGUCUUAGUCGCGACUUCUAUCGGUGAGGAAGGACUCGACAUCGGUCAGGUUGAUCUGAUCGUAUGUUAUGACGCAUCCGCAUCUCCAAUUCGUAUGCUUCAGAGAAUGGGACGAACCGGAAGAAAACGAGCAGGUCGCGUUGUCCUACUGCUGAUGCGUGGAAAAGAAGAGGAAAAUUAUUCAAAGUCCAAGGACGGCUACGAAAAGAUGCAAAUGAUGAUAUGUGACGGAAGUCGCUUCAACUUUCGCCACGACCUAUCCACAAGGAUAGUACCAAGGGACAUCCGACCUGAAGUUGAUAUGAGGGCCGUGGAUAUUCCAGUUGAAAACACCCAAGUCCAGGGUCUUCCGGAGCCCAAAAAGGGAAGGGCUAAAAAGAAGAAGCCACCAAAGAAGUUUCAUAUGCCCGAUGGCGUAGAAACUGGCUUCGCCAGUGUUGCUUCACUCCUAGGUAAGAAAUCGCAGCCGGCAAAGACGAAAGCGGCUCCCGAUCCUAUCGAAGAGGAUGAGGUCGUCGAUAUACCAGCUCUCGGGCGAGUAUUACUCAACGAAAGCCAGACAAGGGAGCUAAACAGCAUAUACAAAUUUCUCCCGUAUCAUAACGGAGAUAUGGAGGAGAUUGAUCAAGUGGAUCUAAAGGCACGCCCCAAUGCCCUAAGGACGCUACGGAAGACUGUAGAUCUGAAACACGGGGAAUACGCGAAGCGAUGCGUGAGGUUGUUUAAGAGAUUAUCGAAAGCGCAGACCGCCUCGGAGCAUCCGUAUUCAGAAGCAGAUGGGCGUCGUUAUCUCCAUCUACCGAUGCCAGGUUAUGCGCCUGAUUCGGAUGGUGAAGUCACCGAUCCAGGACCAGCUCGGAAGAAAAGAAAGAUGGCAUCACCAACCUCAGACGACGACGACGAAGUUGAAGAGGUGUCAGCCGUCCCAUCACGACCUAAGAAAGCUCUCAAGCCUACAAAACCGAGCCCUGCUGUAAAACGUCAUAUUCUAGAGGAAAUCAUCGAGGAUGGCGAUGAGGACGAGGAAGAGGACCUCCCACCUCCUCGAAAACGCACCACCAUCGCAAAAGCACAGUCGAAACCAAAGGCAAAGGCAAAGGCCAAAGCAACAACCCCGAAAAAAUCUCGCGGUCGACCCAAGAAAACCCAACACCCAGCAGCCUAUGAUGAAAGCGCCGAUGAAGGCGAUGAUUGUCGGCGUACUAGCGACUUGGAGCUAACAGAGGACUCGGACAACGGGAGCGAUCUAGUAGAUUUCAUAGCCGGCGACGACGAAGCCACAUCGACACCCGCAGUCCCAACCUCAUCUAUGUCCUUCGUCGCACGAAGACCUCGGCACAGGUCCACCUCUCCCACCUCGCCGUCCUCUUCCGUUAUCGACAGCCGCUCUCGGCAAAAAGACAAGCAGGGGCAACAGAAACCAAAGGAGAAGCAGAAGCCGUACUAUGAACCUACGCGCUUCGCCGCCACGCAGGACAGCCUCGAUACUGAGGGUGACGAUGGGAUCCCGUCCAUGAGCCAGCUUGUACGGAGCAAACGCGCUUCGGAGAAAAGUAAAGCUACUGCUUCUUCUGCCGUCACGAUCCCCACCUCGCCCGUCGACUCCGAGGACGACGAUGGUAGUGACACGGAUGUCCCCGUCCGGAGAGGUGCCGCUGCUCGUGACAAGGGAAGAGUGAAGGCAAAGACGAAAAGGCAAAAACGAUUUGUGUCUUCUGAUAAUGAAGAUGACGACGACGACGACGAUGAUGAUAACGAAGUACUAGUCGAAGAGAGCGAUGGGUAUUAGAUGGAUGAAUGGAUAACGGAUCGGGGUUCUUUUGCAUGGAUGUUGUUGCUUUGAAAAAAUUGACCCUGCUAUACCCCCCCUUUACCUAGAGAAAAAGUCUACAGCUACAUUACCUAGCAAAUAUCUAAGUCUGUUACGAAUCGGA